GCUGACAGAACUGAUCCACAGAUUUUCUGGUUGUUAUCUCUGAAAUAAUGUUGAAUAAUUUCUUUUUUUGCACAAUAGUCGUCAUGUUUUGCAUGUCACUUUUGAAUUGAUUUUUUAAGAUGACAUUUUCCCUUGCUCACAGAGCCUCAGCCUUAUUGCUAAAAAGUUUACCCUUCCUCACAUGGAUUCUUGGGCAUUUUCUAGCUUUGUUUUACAAUAUGCAGUGCCAACAGCCACAUUUAAGGCUUGGGUUAUCCCAAUUUAUGGACAAAGGUAACGGUGAACAAUACUCUGAAUUUUCAAAAAUGGACCUUAUUAAUUGUUUGUUAAGUCUGAAUGUUUUUUUUUUCAAAAAUGCUUUCAUAGUAAUAUAUAAAAUAUUGAUUCAGAAGUUGUGAAAAGAGAGUUGGCUUCAUACAUAAAAUGUGUUUUUGUAAGUUACUGAUAAUGGUUAAUCUUUAGAAAGUAAAAUUCUGGAAUCAGUGAGGAGUUGGAAAUUUUCUAAUAAUUCUGUAACUUAGUAGUGAGCAGCAUUAGUCAUCUGCAGGGAAAGAUUGGCCAUUAGAUUUGUCAUUGCACCAAGAUGAAGUACACCUAUAUAGCAUUUUUUCAAAAUUAUGAUUCUAGUUCAAUCGUACCAAUGGAAAUAAUAGCAGUUGUAUUAGAUUUUUUUCUCGUUAUCUUUCAGUUUUAUCUUCAAACGUGUUCAUUUUUAUUCAGGACAAAAUUCAGGUACAAGUGUCCAGUGGGAGAGGGGGGAUAUUGCUUUUGAAGCAGACAGACUUAGCAUGACCUUUGAAGCUCAUCAUAAGGAUAAUACUAACAUUUAUUCUACAAAGACUCUGGAUGAGUGACAUUUAAGUCAUGUUUGACUGUUAUUCUACAGUUUUGUUCUAGUGGUCAGGAGUCAACUUAAAAUAUAAGUGUAUGCCCUAUCAAUUUGUAGACAUGUAAAAUUAUUCUAUAUACUGAGAAAAAGUGUAAUUGUUGAAGGUGGAUGUGGUAAAGUGUCAUAAUUAAGCCUCUUGCUGAGACCAAGAAGGUUAUUGCACUGACCUCAGAUAAGUUGCUAGUGAUGGUACAGCCAAGAAAGAUGGCAUUUGCUUGAUUUAUGGUAUAUGAAAUAUGUUAUUAUUUUGAUUAAUCAGCCAGUAGGAAAUGUCAAAAUUACAAGCACAUGAAUGACUACAUAUAUUUCAGUUUAGUGGUUUCUUACCUAAAAAAAAACUGUUAUGAUGACACAUGAAAGAUAAAUGUAUUUGACUGUUGCAGGAGAGAGACAUAAAGGAAGGUGCAGACAUGUUGAUGGUGAAGCCAGGCAUGGCAUAUCUGGACAUCGUCAGGCAGGUCAAAGACAAGUAUCCCAACCAUCCACUGGCUAUCUACCAGGUGUCUGGGGAAUAUGCAAUGCUGUAUUGGGGCGGUCAGCACGGGUCAUUUGACCUGAAGAAUGUACUGAUGGAGACCCUAGUGGGAAUGAGGAGAGCUGGUGCUGAUAUCAUUAUUUCAUACUUCACACCAUUGUUAUUAGACUGGUUGAGCCAGAAGGACGAAUAGCGACCCAUGUUCGCUAAACACAUUUCACAUUCUAUAUUAGGCCUAUUUGACACAACUUAUACAUUUUGCUGCUGAGCCAGAGCACAGGCACAACUUACCAUUGCAGAAGUUGCGAUUGUGCUGAAAGAAACGCCAGGCACAUCUAACGCAAUGACUGUGACUGCCGACGGUUUGACAACAAUUGCAUCAAACACAAUCCGCAUGACGUCUUAUUCGGAUGUAAUAAGAAGGGAUUGGAACCACUUACCUUAUGCAUUUAAUUAUCAUUAAUGGAUAUGUAAGCAAGAUCUAAAUUGUCAGCAAUGAGCUACAUUAAUACUUCUGCAUAAAGAGUAAAUUGCAGUGUUUUCUGGUGUAGGGUGACUCGAAUGUACUAUGACCAGACCGUUUUACUUUAAGAUAGAAACUGCUUUGAGGGAAGAAAAGUAAACUUCAAGACAAAGCUAAAUUCCUUAACUUUGCUUUGCUUAGCAGGGUUUAAUGAUUUAAGCACAGAUGGAGCACGGGUGAAGAAAUUUAGAAGCUGUGCAAAAACAGCCAUGGGAAAAUUUCUCAUAUAUUCAAAAGUCAACUUUCUUUCAAUCAAUUUUGUGCUAAAUUGAUCAAUUAUCACCAUAACUCCCAAUAACAACCAAAGAGAGUCGACAACGAGCCAUGAAAUGACAAAACUACAAACUUUUUUCUCUUGAUCUUCUGAACACACUGCUACGGAGUGAGACUUUGUACAGGAACCACUGUUGAUCGAGUUUUUUUUAAACUAAGAUCUAAUAUACCAUUAGAUCUUAGUUUUAAACUAAGGGUGCAUUCCCAGAGAUAU